CAACACAACCAUCCAUUAUUACUUCUCCUUUUUUAUUUUAUUAUUCAAACUUCAUUUUCCCUUUUCCCUUUCUCUGCUUCCUUAUUGGUACAAUUCUAACCCAUCUCUUGUCUUUCUUUCUCUCCCUCCCUUAGAGAGAGAAAGAAUAUGUGUCACAAAGCAAAGCAACUAGUAACAAAGUAGCAAAUGCCAAAUUAUAUCAAAUACCAUUCUUGUAUAGUCAGAAACAAAAACAAAUAACCAUCCCAUUAAGCUCAACUUGCCCUUUAAUCGCAAAGUUGCUGCUACUACUGCUGCUUAAGCAAAAAGGCUAUUCAAUUUUGAGUUAAAGUUUGGAUUUUUAAGGGUUUUUGAUUGUGGGGUUGUGUUUAUUUCAUCUGGGUUGUGACCGAAUUUGUUUUAUCAGGUAUGGUUGUUUGAAUAGAAUCUAAAGUAAAGAUUUUGAUCUUGGUUGGUUGGAUAGUGUGAGUCAGUGAAUUGGUGAAGGGUUUUUGCUUUUCUUUUUUUUGUUUGGAAAUGGUGGUUGGUACUGUUUGUGGAUUAUAGAGAAAAUUGUUAGAUAGAGAUGGAGGCAGAGUCAAAUAGAGGGUUUUGUAAUGAAGAUAUAAAUUCAUCUAUGAGUAGACAUGCAAUAUCAUUUCAGCAUGGUGCUAUGAAUAAUAGUAUGUCAGAGAUGGUUCCAAUGGGUAAUUAUUUUGGGUUAAGUAGUUCAUCUGGUAUCAUGUAUUCUGGAAAUUCAACUUUCAUCAACAACACCAACCCUGUUGUGAGUCCACAAGCUGGUGGCUCUUCUCUUCUUCUUGAUUCUGUUCCAGGGUUGAAGCAUGACACAGGCUUGGCUGUUGAGUGGUCUCUUGAUGAACAGUACAGAUUGGAGGAAGGCCUUGCCAAUUAUGCUAACGAGCCAAGUAUUAUGAAGUACAUCAAAAUUGCUGCUGCGUUGCCUGAUAAAACGGUUCGCGAUGUUGCUUUGAGGUGUAGGUGGUUGACACGAAAGCGAAGGAAACCAGAUGAGCAUUGUUUGGGAAAGAAGAUCAAUUACAGAAAAGAUAAGCCGGUGGAUUUAGCAUCGCAUUCAAAUUUGCAUUCGGCGCUGCCCCCAAGCAUGAGUUCAUAUUCUCCCAUGUCACACACUAUUGAUCAAAGUCAACGGAUGCUAUAUGACGGAAUUUGUGGGCCUAUGAAGCAACUCAUGGAGCAGAAUGCUCAAGUUUUUAAUCAAAUUAAUGCCAAUUUAUCGACGUACAAGUUGCAGGAAAACAUCGACCUCUUUUGCCAUACAAGGCACAAUAUUAAUACCAUUCUAAAUGACAUGAGUGGGAUGCCUGGCAUUAUGAGCCAAAUGCCGCCACUGCCUGUUGCCAUUAACGAGGAUCUCGCAAGAAGUAUAUUGAAUAAUAGAACUUAGUGAGCGAAAUGCUGACUUCAUCAACAUGGUCUUUCAUGGAAGUGCAUCCAUCGAGGUUGGCAUCGUCGUGUAAAAGUCAUUUCUGCAACUGUUUUGGUGCUAUAUACAAGCAAUUGAGGAGUCGAGUAGUAACUCAGAGAAAUACAUAUGUCAUGACUUUCGGGAUAUUGUAAUCGAUCUUUUGAUCUUAGUGUUCCGUGGUUGAUUAUUUUAGGAUUUGAAACAAAACUUGAGUUUCUUGUUGUAUAAAUAAAUAAAUGAAUGUUGGUUGUAAGAAAAGAAUGAAAAUAGGAAAUUAAUUAAUAGUA